AGACGCAGCAGCGGUGCCACAGCAGGCGGAGCUCGGCGAGCAAAGUCCAUUCUUACACACCCGGAGUAACUCCCUUUCAAACGGAUACCAUAUGCUGUGCUGCGAUGGCAGUUUCCCCCUAAAACUGAUCAUGUGAAGUAGAAAGGUGGGUCCGUCCGUCCCCUUCGACUCAGUUGCGCCGAGGAACGAUGCUGAACAAACCUGCAGCAAGAUUUUCCACUACAGACGUCUGAACCUGCCAUCGUCAUGGAGAGCCUCAGCGAGCUCCAGAACCCCUUGCUAGACAAAACCAACAGACACGUGGUCCACAACAACUACCAGGGUUACCAGUGCGACUACCCGAGCCAGCCUUACGAGGACAGCCUCAUCGGCUACUACUACACUGGGACUAAUGGCAAGCAUAAGACUCAGCAGUUCCUGGAUGCCACGUCCCUGCACCUAGCAGUGGAGGCCUUUUACAGGCCAAGCUUCAUCCUAUACAAAGACGACGUGAGUCUUCACAGCAAGGACUCCAAGAGCGAGAGCUUUGAGACCACUUUCACGGAGAGUAAGGGCACUGUGUUGGAUGGAGUGUCCACAGAAAACACCCUGGACAGCAUACAAGGAGAGAAGGAUGUGAAGAUCCAGACGGUGUCAUAUGAGGUGGAGGAUGAGCAGGCUCCUGAGUAUGAGAGUGACAGCUCCAGUGACAGUGAGAGUGAGGACAACUUCAUCGUGCUGCCCCCUCGGGACUACCUGGGCCUAGCCAUCUUCUCCAUGCUCUGCUGCUUCUGGCCCUUGGGCAUCGUUGCCUUUUACUACUCUCACAAGACUGGCAAGGCCAUCGCUAAGGGAGACUUCUCCAGAGCAGGAAUGAGCUCCAGAAGAGCUCUAUUCCUGGCUGCUCUUUCCAUUACCAUUGGAACAGGGAUGUAUGUGGGGGUGGUUGUGGCCCUCAUGGCCUACCUGUCCAAGCCUGGACACGUAUAACGCUGGGACCAGCUUGCUUGAGGGGAGACAGCGAGAAAGAGGAGGCAAGAUAGUGAGGAAGGGAAAAGACGAGGUUGGACUGAUUUCUUCGCCUCCCCUGAAGGCGUGUGCCUGUGCUGCCACUGGCUGUCUGCGAAAAAGAAGAAGUUAUAUGAAGAGAAAAGACUAAGCCAGAGAGAGAGAGAGAGAGAAAAGGAGAAAAAACAAGAUGUCUGGAAGGAGUAUUACUUGGACUGCAUAUUGAUCUGGACUGAAUGCACCAGUUAUUUGUUUCUGGGAUGCAACACUCCCACCAAGGUAUUCCACCACCAUCACAAUACGAAGAAAAGACACUGCUGAAAAAGAUGAUGACUCUUCCACAAAGACUGUGCUGUACUUAUAUGUUAGAAGAAAACUGACCUAAUAGCAGUAAUGAACUACCUACCUUUUAUCACAUUAGUCAGUCACCGCAUUUUUAUUUUACCUUUACAGUAGAUGUAUUCUCUGUCAAUACUAUUACAGAUUGUGUACUGUCCACUUUGUAAAUGAUUUUCUUGGAAAAAAAAGUCAGCCGGUGGGUUUUAUGUGUGUUUAUUCAAGGAUAUACUGGAAAUUGAUGCAGUCAGAAAAACCAGAGGGAAGUGGACCUUUAACAGAAAGAGAACAAAGGUGAUUGUCUGAGUGUACACAAAGCUGCUGA